GACAACCUGUGCGCUUUCUAUUGUUGUUAUGUCCACGCUUCAUUCAAAACAAACCAUUUGACGGCCGUCAGAUGAGUUUUGCUCUGAGCACUUCACGCUGGAGUUAGCGAAUGGGAUGAAAAUUAUUUUUAAGUUUCGUAGUUUCUCCUGAAGCAAUAAUAAUAAUAAUCGAGAGUACGAAUAUAAUUUUUAUGUGAAAAAGUAAAUUUGCGGGCAAUUUUCUGUCUGAAAUAAGAGGGCGAGAAUCUGCGGUUCAAGGAUUUAAAACUGUUUUUAAUCGUUUCAAGGACUUUGUUAAUGGAAACGAAUACAGAAUGAAAAUCUUGCGCAACAAAAAAGCUUCGAAGCUGCUUGCAUAUUAUGCAACAAAUUUUGGUUACAAACAGCCAUAUCAAGUGUUAGUUGACGCCACUUUUUGCCAAGCUGCGCUACAAAAUAAAGUUGCAGUAGAAGAUCAACUGAAAAAAUAUUUGCAAACUGAUCUUAGAUGUUUUACAACGCAAUGCAUCAUCCUUGAGGCAGAGCAUUUGGGUCAACCUUUAAUUGGUGCGACUAGGAUUGUUAAGCAGUUUUCAGUUUUUAAAUGCGGGCAUGAAGGAAAACCGAUUGGGGGGUCCGAUUGUGUACGAGAUAUGGUGAAGGUGAGCAAGUUUAUAGUUACUACACAAGAUCGAUCUCUUCAGCAUUACCUUCGGCAGAUUCCUGGGCAAGCAUUGCUUUAUUUACACAGAUCUGCACCAGUGCUUGAACCUCCGUCAAAGAAGACUAAAGAUAUCGCUUCGCAGAAAAUCAGUUCCUUGCUGACGAAAGCUCAAAAGACUCUACGGAAGGAUCCAGUACACACAGAUAUACUUACAAACAAAAAGAGAAAGAAACCGAAAAACCCCAAUCCGCUCUCAUGCAAGAAAAAGAAAAUUGUUAAGAAUGGUAAAGUUUAAAAAUUUCCCCUUUUUUCGUAAGGUAUUAUGAGCAACUAUUUAUAAGGAAAUCAAAUGUGCAAAUACAUAAAGAUUUUUAAGAAAGAA